CUCUUCAGGAGGCGCAGCACGCAGGGCCACCCGACGCUAUACCCGCUGCCCGCCUCCAUCUAUCUUCAUCCUCCCUAUCCCCUCCCUCUUUGUUUGACCAACCGACCAGUGGCAGCGAUGCUGUGAGGCACCCAGACCCCACCCGCUACACUAUCGCAUCGCAUCCCUCCCUCCCCGGACCUGAUCGCAUCGCACCCGACCGAGCGACCGCGGCUUCCAUCCCAUCGCUGUCUGUCGGUCGCGCAUGUCAUGUCACGACCGUCCGGCUGUCUGUCUGUCUGACCUUUUUCGGUGUGUGUCCUAUUGAUUUGUUUAUUGAGGACUGAGGACUGACUGAGGACACUGCAGUCAUCCAUCCACUAUGUGUUGGAGUCCGCUUCCCUCGUCUGAUUCAUCGCUGCGAGUGACCGCAUCUUGUUAUCGUCGAGUGUAGAUGAUGCCUGGUGGACACGAUAUCGGCUCAUCUCUCUCUGGCCAUGAUCGCACCGCCCCCUUCCUCAACCCCCCUCUCCCGCCCCCGCCGUCGCUCCCACCACCGCCUCCCCCCUCACAGGCACACAAUGCCCCGCAGUGGGGGGGACACUCCCUCUCCCUCCCGCCAGUCAUCCCGCCCCCUGGAGCGUCCCCUGUCGCUGGUGGUGCUGGUGGCUUAGCGUCGUUCGGCGGUGUGGGGCAGAUGAAGACGGUCCGCGAGCGGAAGCUGCUGAUACGUGACCGUCUGAUCCACCUCUUGCGGAGCCGGGACAACCGGAGCCUCAGCUUCCGCAGCGUGGGCAACGACGAGAAGAUCAAGACCUGGUGCAAGAAGCUCAAGCUCCUCUACGUCAUCCAGUCCUUCCCCGAGUGCUUCGAGGUCACCAAGGAGGAGAGCAACUGCUACUUCGUCAGGCUCAAGCCGGACAGCAUUGGCGGUGGGCCUGGUGGUGCUGGGGGUGCUGGUGGCGUGUCUGACGUCAUGACGCCGCUCAACACCAGUGCGUCGGCUGCCACACCCAUCGGUAACCAAACACCCACACCCAGACAGACAGAUAGACAGACAGACCAUAGAGACUCUGCACUGUGUGUGUCCGGGAGUGCAGGUGGUUCGUCGCCCCGUCCGCCCCCGCCCCCUCCCCCGCUCCCCCUGCACCCGUCAGCUGCAGGCGACCUCACCUCCAGGUCCGCGGCAUACAUGGCGGCCUCCCACUCCCACACAUACCACGCCUCCCUCACUCCCACACCCAACAGCGGCCGAUUCGCCCACCACCACCACCACCACCAGCAUCAGCAGUACGGCCAUGGCAACGGGUCGCUGACGACGCCAGCUGCGGGCUGCUACUCGUCGGCGACGCUGAUGGGUGUGGGGAUGGGUGUGGGUGGGUAUUCGUCUCCGCACCACGUGCUGAUGGGUCUGAGUGCGGCCGUGGGUGACAUCCCUCAGUGGAGGACGUUCAGGAGCCUCAAGAAAUUCAUCAAAUGGGGGUCGCAUGUGUCCAAUCGUAAGUGCCGAUCGGGGGCGGGUGUGGGGCGGUGACGUGGGUGGGACGAUGGACGGACGCAUUGUGUGUGUGUAUGUGUGUGUUGGUGUGCCUGUGUGUGUGCUUAGGUGAUAGUGUGUCUGUUGAUAAUCCUGUGAAGGUCGCAGGUCUUGUGGGUAUCGGGCGGGAAUACGAGAAGGACCGCAUCUUCGACUCUUACACGGCCGCUCUCACUUACCUCAGAAAACGGUAUUUGCCACACACACACACACACACUCGCCAGGUGUCACCCUCCCGACACACACCCCUCUCUCCGCUAUAAUGUCCUCCCUGCUGCAGUCGUGGUCUGCUGACGCGUCUCCGGCGCGACAUCCGAGCUGGUCUGGACCUGAGCCACGUGCUGCGGACAGCGGCCCUGCUCAGCCAGGUCGACAGCAGCGACCGGCUGGACCUCACCCAACGCCACCAGCACCAUCAUGGUGCUGUUCCCGGCGCCAUCAGCACCCCCUCGGGUGUGGGGGGCGUGAUGCAUGGCGGUGUUUGUGGUGGUGUUGAUGGCGAUGAGGAGGUGCCCGAGUGGCUGGACUGGACUGGCGAUGACAUGGAUGAGGAGUGGCGGACGCCGUUGCGGAUCGAUGUCGAUAGAAAUGAGGUCAGGCGCAAACAGAGGGAGGGAAGGAGGGAGGGAGGGUGGGAUGGAUGGAUGGAUGGGUGUGUGUGGUGUGGUUGGUGUCGUUGUGCGAACAGAUCCCCCCUGGGCUAGAGCUGGUGCUGCAGGCCAUCGAGCACGAGUUCACCGCCGACUCAGACGAAGAUGACUCGCACAUCCCCGUCCCAGUCCCAAUCCCCCCGCCCCCACCCACGCCGCCCCCGCCAUCACAACCGCCUCCACCACACCAACACUACCCACACCCCAUCGCCGUGGAGCGACACUCCAGCGCCACCACCAUCAGCUCGGUGGCCUCAUCCACCCCGCCCCUCCUUCACGACCACAAGCCACCCCUGCAGCUGCCCAAGCUCGGUGGCCACCCCUACCCACACACACACACGCCCAUGCCCACACCCAAGACCCCUCACACGCCCUUCACUCCCGGUACGGCUGCGGGGUGCCCCUCCUGGCUCGACAGCCUCUGGGGCGGAGUGGGCGACCGCCUCGACACCCUCACCGAGGCGGGCGACUGGGCGGCCGACAUCCAUAUGGACGACAGCGCCUCAUGCGAGCCGAUCCCCAGGGGAUGUCAGACGGCCACCCACGCCACGUAUGUCGCACACGCCUACUCCCACCCUCCACCGCCGGCAACACCCACUCCCAGCAAACAGCCCGCCUACACGCCUCGCGCACUGCCCCCGUUUGUCGCAGAGGAGUCGAUAUGGACGCCCGGCAACUCGUCGCUGCGUCAUGCUGCCCGCACGCCGUUGUCUUCGCCCCCGCCCCCUGGCUUUGAGGACGCAGUGCCCGAGGAGACGGGCAGCAUCGACAGCGAGGCGACGAGCGGCAGCCGGGGCAGCAGAGGGAUGUCCAUGUCGAUGAUGGGCGGGGGGCCGGCUGCUGCCGACCCGCUGGGCAUGGCGAGGGAGCAGCUGGAGAGAGAGAGGAAGAGAGAGACGGAGGGGACUGUCGGGAUGGAUGUGUUGCGUCUGCCGAUUGCCGACCGGCAUCUCGUGUCUGGUGGUGGUGGUGCUGCUGGUGGUGGUGCUGGCGUGGUCGUUGACCUCAACGGCACCAUGGAGGCGCACCGCGCGGCCGUGACCAACUCUCCCGACAUCAUGACUAUGACUUCGCACACUGAGACGGAGACGGCCAGCGACCACGGCUCGGGUGUGGGCUCUGAGGGCAACAAGGCGAGCCGGAGGGACCAUUGCCGCCAUCCAUCCAUCCCCUCCCACACCCACACCCACAGCCAGCACAAGAAGCACCUCCGUGUCCGCUUCAAGGAGCCGGAGAGCUCCCACAACUACGAGCCGCCCUCGUGCAGCACGUCGUCCACCGGUGCGCUGUCCGACGAUCCGCCGCUGUCGCCGCCGAUGAUGGACCUGGAGGACAGCGCGUCCUCCGACGACGGGGUGGGGGUAUGUGGCCAUGGCCAUGGCCAUGGCAGCCACGUGACCAUGAGGCAUGGGGGUCUGGUGCCCUUCAAGCGCCUGUUGCUGGAUGAGAUGCCGACCGAGGCUGGCUGUCGGCGGUAGAGAGAGAUGGGCUGAUGGAGCGGUGGGAGGGGUGGGAAGGGAAGGUUUUAUCCUUUUUGUUUGUGUGUGUGUGUGGGUGCGGCGGUUCGUGUCGUGGGUGUGCACUCACUGGCUAUCUGUCCUGGUCUGUCUGUUGGUCCGUCCGGUCCUAUCGCAACCUGUGUAUGUGUGUGGACGUGUAUGUGUAUGUGUCUGUGUCUGUGUCCCCCUGCGUAUGUGUCUUUUUCUGAACCACGUAUGGGGGUCGUCGUCGGUCUGUCUAUCUAUCUGGCUAUGUGGGGUGGAUGGCGUCUGUCUGACGAGUAUUUGGAAGCGACAAGGAGGAGAGGAAUGAGACCUUUUUGGCCGGCCGGACAACUGGGAGUUUAUAACAAACAUAGAUACCGUCACAUCUUGACCUGCCUGCCUGACUGACUGCAUGCCUGUCGGCCUCUCGUGGGGGGGAAUCGGAUCGGGGAUGCCUCUGGCAUGCACAUGGGUCGGCGAAUGGAUGGAUGGAUGGAUGUGUGUGUGUGUCUGUCUGCCCACCAGACUGGUGAAGAUGUGUGUGCGCGUGUGUGUGAGGGUACCCUUUUUCCAUAAGGAGCUUCCUUCCGGACCAGACGAGACGAGAUGAGACGACAAGAGAUGAGUGAGUUUAACCUGUCUGUUUGUGCUGUCUGUCCUGCCGACAUGGAGGCCAUGUAUAUCUAUGUGUGUGGCGUGCCAUGCCGGUGGCCUUUUUUGCAUCAUCCAGUGUCGUGUUGUGGUGUAAUGUAUUGUGUCUACAUACACAGGGAUGGUCGAUGAUGCAUGGAUUUGCGAGGGGCGGGACGGGUGCGCCACACACACACACACACACGCGGUCGCACCACGUCGAUGGCUGGCUGGCUGGAUGGAUGGAUGGAUUGCCUGUCUGCCCGUGUGUGUGUGUGUGUGUGCGGAGCCCUUUGACACCCCCCUGCCGAAUGUGUCUUACCCCCCGAUGAGUGAGUAACGAGUGAAUGGAAUGCGUGUCUGUCUGUCUGAAAUGCGAUGCGUCCCGGCUGGCUGCCUGGCCAUGGCUGGAUGCGCAGCGCCCUCGUGUGUGUGUGUGUGUUAAUGUCGUUUGGAAUUGCGUGUCGUGUUUUAUCAAUGAUUGCAGUGGUGUGCAGUGAGUGAGUUUAUUGCAUCGGCGUCUUUGUGGGCGGAUGAGUGGACGGAUGGAUGGAUGGAUGGGUGGGUCGGUGUAUAGCGUAUAGAUCAUAGAGAGCGGUAUGGACAGAUUGUAGACAGACGGAGGGAUGCAAUCCAAUCCAUUGCCUUGCACGCCGCCCUUUUCUAACCUUUCUAAGCCGCCCCGCCCCCGCCCCCGCCCCCACACGCACUUAACUUGAGUGACACUUGAGUGAUACAUACAAACCAUCGCAGGGCUUUCCUUCUCCCAUCCAUCGUAUACACACACACAACACAGAGGUAGCAGUACAUCCGCCCUUAUGUCUGCUUACCUUCCUGCCUGCCUGCCUGCCUGCCUGCCUGCCCUUCCAUUGCCUUUUUCCACAUAUACACAAUGACUGCUGAUGCAGGCAAUAGUCGCCUCGUCCAUUUUAAUCAAUGCUCACUGACUAACUGACUCAGUCACAUGGACACAUAGACACCACCCACAAUCACACCACCCCUGUCACGUCACACCUUCACACGUGCAUCAUAUGCCUUGCCUUUUUUGCCUCCGCCUCCCUCACGACCGAUCUCGGCCGCUGACGAAUGACUGACUGAAUGAGUGAAUAAGGAAAGGUCUCCACCCCGCCCUCUCCCUCUCUGCGUGUGUGUAUGUGUGUGUGCAUGGCGGGUGCUGUGUGC